GAAACCUUAUCAUCAAACACAAUGGCCAGCAACGUUACCAACAAGACAGAUCCUCGCUCCAUGAACUCCCGUGUGUUCAUUGGGAAUCUCAACACUCUUGUGGUCAAGAAAUCUGAUGUGGAGGCAAUCUUUUCGAAGUACGGCAAAAUUGUGGGCUGCUCUGUUCAUAAGGGCUUUGCCUUCGUUCAAUAUGUUAAUGAGAGAAAUGCCCGGGCUGCUGUAGCAGGAGAGGAUGGCAGAAUGAUUGCUGGCCAGGUUGUAGAUAUUAACCUGGCUGCAGAGCCAAAAGUGAACCGAGGAAAAGCAGGUGUGAAACGAUCUGCAGCGGAGAUGUACGGGUCAGUAACAGAACACCCUUCUCCGUCCCCUCUACUCAGCUCCUCUUUUGACCUGGACUAUGACUUUCAACGGGACUAUUAUGAUAGGAUGUACAGUUACCCAGCACGUGUACCUCCUCCUACUCCUAUUGCUCGCGCUGUAGUGCCCUCGAAACGCCAGCGUGUAUCAGGAAACACCUCACGAAGGGGCAAAAGUGGCUUCAAUUCUAAGAGUGGACAGCGGGGAUCUUCCAAGUCUGGAAAGUUGAAAGGAGAUGACCUUCAGGCCAUUAAGAAGAAGUUGACCCAGAUAAAACAAAAAGUGGAUUCUCUCCUGGAAAACCUGGAAAAAAUUGAAAAGGAACAGAGCAAACAAGCAGAGAUGAAGAACGAUAAGUCAGAAGAGGGGCAGAGCAGCAGCUCCGUGAAGAAAGAUGAGACUAAUGUGAAGAUGGAGUCUGAGGGGGGUGCAGAUGACUCUGCUGAGGAGGGGGACCUACUGGAUGAUGAUGAUAAUGAAGAUCGGGGGGAUGACCAGCUGGAGUUGAUCAAGGAUGAUGAAAAAGAGGCUGAGGAAGGAGAGGAUGACAGAGACAGCGCCAAUGGCGAGGAUGACUCUUAAGCACAUAGUGGGGUUUAGAAAUCUUAUCCCAUUAUUUCUUUACCUAGGCGCUUGUCUAAGAUCAAAUUUUUCACCAGAUCCUCUCCCCUAGUAUCUUCAGCACAUGCUCACUGAUCUCCCCAUCCUUGUCCUUCCCAUGUUCAUUAAUUCAUAUUGCCCCGCGCCUAGUCCCAUUUUCACUUCCUUUGACGCUCCUAGUAGUUUUGUUAAGUCUUACCCCGUAAUUUUUGCUUUUAAUUUUGAUACCUCUUUAUGACUUAACAAUAAAAAGGAUGUAUGGUUUUUAUCAACCGUCUCCAAAAUAAUCUCUUGUUAUGCAGGGAGUACAGUUCUAUUCAUUCAUACAUAAGUUCAGUAGUUGCUUCCCUAACUGCAAAGGCAAUCUCAUUUAGUUGAGUAGCUCCUGAAAGCAGCUUUGAGUUAGAAGUAUGUGUUUUACACCCCCACAUUAGUGUGCUGUGUGGGGCAGUUCAACACAAAUGUAACAAUGUAUUUUUGUGAAUGAGAGUUGGCAUGUCAAAUGCAUCCUCUAGAAAAAUAAUUAGUGUUAUAGUCUUAAGAUUUGUUUUCUAAAGUUGAUACUGUGGGUUAUUUUUGUGAACAGCCUGAUGUUUGGGACCUUUUUUCCUCAAAAUAAACAAGUCCUUAUUAAACCAGGAAUUUGGAG